AUGACGCAAUGCUCUCAGUGCGCGCACGUUGACUCCGGUUGCGGAGUCACCUUUUGUGGGGGCGCUCGCUCGCGGUUUGAGAUUGCUAUGGCGGUAGAGCCGGCCCAGGUAGGCGGUGUGUCCGGGGCCUCCGUGUCUGGCUUCCUGUUGGGAUCCUUAGUCUUCCAGUCCUUCAACGCCGAUUCGGACGCGGAGGGGUUUCUUCUGGGUGAAAUCAAAACAGAAGCGAAAAACAGCAUUACUGAUUUUCAGAUGGAUGAUAUUGAGGUUGUAUACACUAUGGAUAUACAGAAACAUAUUCCAUGUUACUGGCUAUUCAGCUUUUACAAUGCUGUUGGUGAAGUGGACAAGAAAGCAUUGCAGAAAGUGCUGAUAAAUCAGGAAAAGAAAGUUAUUGGUUGGUAUAAGUUCAGACGUAACACAAAUCAGACCAUGACAUUCCGAGAACGUCUCCUUCACAGGACCCUUCAGAAGCAUCUGAAAAACCAACAGUUGGUGUUCUUUCUCCUUUCAACCAAGUUGAGCAGAGAGAAUGGCUCCACACACAAUCUGGAGUAUACACUGUAUGAUCCACAAGAAACUUUCGUUCAGCCAAUACCUGUAUCUGUGACCAAUCUAGGAAUGUUUGAACAACAAGAUUAUAAAACAUUUUCUGGACCCAGUGAUGCUGGGGGUUACUGUCGAGCAAUGAAGAAACACAGAUGCGCAUUUUUUGAUCAGCAUGGGUCCUUAAAAGAGGUUCAGAGAAUUAAAUGCAUAUAUAAUACACUGCAAGAGGAACUGAAGACUGCUUGUUCAAAGGUAGAAGAGAGUGAACGCACAGUGGAAUGUUUACUUGCUGAUGUGCAAGGACUGAGAGAGAAGGUAUCAAAGAAGAAACAGUUAUGCACAGUGAUUCAAGAUGAAAAGAAAUCUGACCAUAUAGAGAAAAAUGAAUACUUAGCAGAGGCUUUGAAGGCAGCUUUUCCUCAGUCAAAACUUUUACAAUCCAUGUCAAUUACAAGAAGUGGUCAAGUUCUUCCAGUUCAUUGCAACAGUGAAGUUGAUCAAUUGAAUUUAAAGGAUACUGUCGCACAGGAUUCAUCAAAAAACACCCACACAUCACCCGCAGAAAAGGCUAAUGCUUCUGGGAUUACAUGUAAACGGAAGGCAAAGAACUGCCACAAUCGCCCCAGUUGGAGUAAAAAACGGAAAGCAGUUUUGUCUCAGACCAGAAGGUCAUCACAUAGAGACAGUGAGGGCAGUGAAACAGAAUUGGUGAUCAGACAAACUGAAUCAGAGAAUGAAGAAGAACUGGAUGAUUAUGUGAAUGAUAUCACGUCAACAGCUUCACCAACUUUUUGAACAUUUCUGGCCUGAAAAUUGAUAAGCCAUUUUUAUUCAACAAAAGCAAAGUGCCAAAUCUUUGUAAUACAUUUUGAAAAGGAUGCUAUAUUUGAAAAGCAUGCUAUGGUAUGGAUGCAGGAGAAGCACAUGGUUUUGUUUUCAUCAUGGUGAUUCCUUCAGCUUUGUUUGAGAUGUCUGACAGCUAAUACCGGAGACGUUAACAAAAAUUUUAAUGUUUUGCAGAAACAGCAACAAAGAUUGAGGAACAGUUUGGAAUACAGUAAUGUUUUUUCAUGAUUAUUGCCUAAAGAGAUUAAAUCUCUCCAGUUCUUAACUUUUGAAAAGAGUUCUUUUUCUGUUUUUUUUUGUGUGUGUUUCAACCACUUUGACACCGGUUUUUGUAUUGUGCACUUCAGCUAACUUGGAAUAACCUUCCUCUAUAAGAUGGAACACCUAACAUCUUGGCAGCCAUCUAAGAUGGGUAGUUCCCUGGGAACACAAGACAAUAGCAUGCAGUUGAUACUGGGUAAAAUUCAUGCUCAUGAGUCUAGAAACAAGUUACAGAUCAGAAGAUUUGGCAGAUAAUUGAAGCAAUCUGUAAACAAUUUAUUUUGUAUGAAGUAACAUUAUUUAUUGAAAAUAAAAAUAAUGUUAUCUUGUGUUGAUUAAUUACAAAAUGGGCAUUGUUUGAUACUGAUUUGACAAAUCUUUCAAAGUCUAAGAAAGGUUGCAGAUAGAAAGUGAUGUUUUGAAGUUGGAUUUUUGAAUGUUCUUUCGAAGUGAAGCUCAUUCUAAUUCAUUCAAAGGAGUAUAAGUUACUUGGACAGAACCAUAACCUGUUUAAAAUCAACACCAAGCCAAAGGGGAAGCGAGGACCAAAAGUGAAUGAGAUGGUUAGAAAGCACAUUUUAGCAGUAAAAACUUUUAGAGAUGGAAUUCUAGAGCUCAGACUUAGCUGGUUGGAGACUGUUGAAUUGUCAGUUGACAAGCAACUGGAAGAUCCAGAUGAAGAUAGGAUUACAGUAUUCUCUGCAAUAGUACUGGGGAGGUUGCAGAGAUAAGUUAAAGCCAUGUAGAAAUUGGACAUGAGAUUGAUACUUAAACCAAAGUUUCAUUGUUACAGAAAAAGGCAGUUUAUGCCAACGUGCUCUGUGCACAGAAUAGACUAUUUUGCCAUAUCUUGUGUUAUUUGAUGAAGGUUUUAGCUUGUCUGUAACUUGACACCAUUUUUACAGUUCAAAUACCUUUGUACCCUUGCAGCUAAGCUGUAUACAUAAAUAUUUAAAUUGCCUCAGAAUCCACAGCCAUUUUGGGGAUAGAGUUCUGAAAUUCCAAUAAGCUCUGCAAGAAAUUUUUCUGGAAAUCUCAAUCUUAAUAUUAAUCUUUUAGAAAUGUGUCCUAUGCUUUGGAAUACUCCCAUGAGAACAAAUUACCAAAGCAUUCAAUUGGUUAAAUCUAAACAUUCUCUAACUUUGAUUAGAUCAUCCCUUCUAAUCUGAAGGAAAAAAAUUGUUUAUGCAACAUAUCAUUCCAUGACAAAAUAUUUUUUCUUGUGAAUCUGAGUAUAUCCAAUUAUUAUAUUGCUGAGGGAUGGCAUGCAGGCAGCAUUUCAUGUGAGGGUAAAUUAAAAUAUCUCUACAUUUACAUUACAACUUUUCUGAGAUAAGCCCAGAUUUCCAUAUGCCUUUUUAAUUACCUUUUCUGUUGAUGCAGUACUUCUAAGGGGUGUGUCCACAGACACAUCAAUCCCUUUGCUCCCUGAUGGCUUUGAGUCACUUUAUCUUUCUUGUAUCGCCAAGCACUUGAACUACUAAACUAUAACUUUUAGUUUAUCCUUGGCUGUCAAAAUUCUUGCUUGUAUUUGUGAAGUUAGUUUGAUAACUUUAUCAUCCAAAAAAACUUGGAUGUGGGGGAGCAACUCACUAUAUCUUUCCUAUACCACUGUUAUAUGGCGUAGACUAGUUACCAUAAUAGAUGCCUAAGGGAACUACCUGUUAAAUCGAGAAUGCUUUCCCACCCAAAGAACUAACAACCUGCCCAUAUUAGUUAAUUAUGGAAGGUAAAAUUAAGGUCAUGUGUCUCACCAAGUUAUGCCUUGAAUCUAAGCAGAGAAACAGGUUGACCAAGUUAGUGAUGACUAACCUUUCAACACCAAACCUAUUAUCCCAUUUUAUAUUCUCCCCACAGCUCCUAAAUUCUGCCAUUCACCUUCACAUUAGAGGCAAUUUACAGUAACCAAUUAGCCUACUAUGUGGGAAGAAACCCACAGUCACAGGAAGAACGUGCAAACUUAUUACAGACAGGGAUGAACCCAGGUCUCUGCAGCUGCAAGGUAGUGCUGCUGUUAACUCCACUGUAACUAAAAUUCACUUGUGUCGGCAAACAGAUUUUGCAAAUGGUGAGAGCUUACCAGAAAUUACCCUGAACUAUGCAAAAAAAUGUAUUCUCACCCAAAAAUCCUUAAGAAAAUUCUAUGUUCACAUUGAGUUCUCCAAUUUCACAUUUGCCCUGAUCCUAAAGUUAAAUGUAUAUAGUUAUGCCAUUGACGUGCCUUCCUGUAAAUGUUACUGCUGUUGAAAAUAUACUGUAUUAAUGCAAAACCCAAGUGCGCAAUCUUCACAAAAAUUAAAAAAUAUAUAUUCUUUAACUUGUGUAUUUAACUAUUUACUUGUUCAAUUUGUAGUUAAUUUACACUGGGCAUUUAAAAAAAAUCUUUUCACGUCUUAAUGGUGCUGAAGUACCAUUAAGUCUUCUCCAGUCCGUUCAACACCAUCCGCCCUGCUCUGCUGGGGGAGAAGCUGACAGUGAUGCAGGUGGAUGCUUCCCUAGUAUCAUGGAUUCUUGAUUACCUGACUGGCAGACCACAGUACGUGUGCUUGCAACACUGUGUGUUGGACGGAGUGAUCAACAGCACUGGGGCUCUACAGGGGACUGUCUUGUCUCCCUCUUACUUCACCA